UAAACUAAUGUAAUCGUGUGUGGAGAGGUUUGAAAGUUAAACCAGUCAGGGAAAUACAGUGCCUUCACAUUAACUGAUAACAUUUUAUGACAAAUGCCUAUAUAAGGCUCGUGUCUACGCCAUUAUUGGGAAAUUGUAUAGAGACUCUAACUUCGGGAGUCCUUCACUGUCUACGGAAACAAUAACGUGCCUUUGUCGCAUCGGUCACCAUGUUCACAAUAAAUUCGAUUGGCGCAAAAGUAUUUGAGGAUACAAUGAACGACUUUGAUAUAAUAAAAAGCAUCAUCGAUACCGACAGCAAAGAGGAUCCCUUUUACAUCCUCGAUGUAGCUGAUAUAGUAGAAAAACAUCGGAACUGGAUCACAAAGAUGCCAAGAGUUUUCCCUCAUUACGCCAUUAAAUGCAACUCGCACGCGACGGUCAUAAAGGUCUUGGCGGACAUGAACACCGGCUUCGACUGCGCUUCUGAACAAGAAAUAGAGCAGGUGUUGAAGCACGGAGUGUCCCCGGAACGUAUAAUCUUCGCGAACCCCACGAAAUUGCCUGCUCACAUACGGUUCGCCAAGAAGGUGAACGUCAAAGUGACCACCGCGGACAGCGAGAGCGAGCUCUUGAAGAUUAAAGACCUUUUCCCAGAAGCUAAGAUAGUGAUUCGCAUCCGAUGCGACGCGAAGGUCACACAGGUGUGCUUCGGGACGAAAUUCGGCUGCGAUCCGAACGAAGAGGCCGUUGAUUUGAUAAGGCUCACGAAGAGCCUCGGAUUGACCUUGCACGGGUUCAGUUUCCACGUUGGUAGCCCCUGCGGCGAAAUCGCUGCUUACAGCAGAGGUAUCGUAGCGUGUAAAAGGCUGAUCGCCUUUGCCAAGACGAUCGGGUGCAACGAGGUUCAGAUGAUCGAUAUCGGAGGGGGAUUCUCUGGCGACACUGGCACCGACAUCGACCAAUUCGCCGCUGUCAUUAACGAAGCCAUCGAGGACAUCGAUUCCAGCAUCAAGAUCAUCAGCGAGCCAGGUCAGUACUACGUGUCGUCGGCGUUUACACUGGCGUCGUGUUUGCACACGAAGAAGACCUUGUUAAGGGAGGAGAAGCUGAUCAGAAUGUACUACAUCACGUGUGGAGUGUACAGCUCCUUCAUAGAUGAGCUGUUGAAGUUGAAGUCCCGAAUCCCUGUUACAUUGUGCGUGCCAGAAGGAUGCGAGACAUUUGCUUCGUCUGUUUUUGGCCCCACGUGUGACUCUUUGGAUUGCAUAGUGAAGGAUGUGCUAUUGCCAGAGCUCGAGAUUGGGGACUGGUUGGUUUGGAAAGAUAUGGGGGCGUACAGCCUAGCCGCUGCUUGUCCAUUCAAUGGUUUCUUGCCACCCACGGUGUUUCCAUUCGUGAGGAAACGUCAAUGGACAGAGAUCACUGAGUUCAUAAAUUCACUGCCAAGAUCGGAGAAGAACACUGAUUAGGAAAGAUUGACUAGAAAAUUAAUUAAAAAUCUUGAAAACGUGCUUACCUAAAGGAGAUUUGUGGUUACCAUAAUAUUCCGUCCUCUAAUUUGUAAUAAUAAUUUGUUUCAGAAAUUCUUAAUAAUUGAUAAUUACAUACAAAUAUUUAAACGAGA